CCGUCGGAACCAUCGCUGCACGGGCCAGCACUUGACCGUCUCCUGCCGAUCCUGGGGUCUUUCUACCUGGCAGUCGUACUGCACCAUCGAGAGCAGCUCGCAGGCCGACAGGUCGAUCUUGUGACCUGCCGAGCCGGGCGCCGGCUUGCGCCGCUUGCCCUGGUCCAGCUGGAUCGCGUCGGGCAGGUCUGCGGCCGGGAAGACGGCGCAGGGUGGUGCCAUCUCCUGCCUUGCCCUCCCUGUCUAUGGGUUUGAUCUGGUCAGGAACUUCCGCGUGUGGUCUUGCGGAUGACUGAGUGAGCUCUUGGAUCCGCCUGGUGGCGACGAAUGAGCUGGGUUUCGCUGGGGUUUUCAGUGUCCAGCCAGCAAUGGAGCCGGCCGCUGCGAGACACGUUGGGGCGAGGCUGCUGGCCGAGAUUGAGGAGGAGAGUCUGGAAGAGCUUCUCCAGACGAUCAGGACACAGCUUAGGGCAGAGACAGCUCCCGCCGUCGACACCAAUCCGUCAUCAACUUCCCGUCCGACCACCACAACCACACAACAUGGCGCACACCAGCAGCCCAUACUCUCAUCCCAGCCACAAAUCCCCUUCCCAGCACUUCAGGCUCUGAUAUCACGCCAUCAGAAAGCCACCCAGUCCGCGCCUCCCCCGGUCCUGUCUGUAAGCGGCCGGUACCUUCCACUGAUCUACCACCUCGUCUCGGUCCUCAUCUCGACACCACCCUCCUCCUCCCCAGCUCAUCAACAUGGCCCGAAACCAAAGCGUCACUGCGGUUACACGGUCGUCAUCGUCGAUGCAGAAUGUCGGUUCGACGUGACCCGCCUUGUUCGCUGCAAGACCACGACGACCACUACCGAAAGCAGUACCGCCAAUGAACAUAGCAAUGAUCCUGAUGCCGGUAAUGAUCCUGAUGCAACACCCCAAAACGACGACGGCGACUGCUACUACUACCCAGCAACCCCCUCCGACCUCCGCCACGUCUACAUCUACCGCCCUCCGCACAGCCAGGUCCGCGCCGCCAUCGCCGCCGCGGCCGACUUCAUGCUGUACGGCGACCACGCGAGCCGCGACCGCGAGUGGUGGGGCACCAUUGUCAUCGGGUCCAGCGGCCUGUCUGGGGCGCGCACCGCUCCUCACAGUGCUGCUCCACGGGGAGGACAUGCUUCGGCCGCAGGGGUAACCGCACCAGCACCAGCAACUGUGACUGUGACUGCCGACGUCCUCACGGGUUACAAAGGCUGGCUGCGCGUCGAGCGCGCCGAGCAGGCCCCCGGCUUCCACAUCGGCAUCAGCGCCGAGGAGGCCCUCGCCGACAGGGACCGGCGGGCUGACGCCAUGGCCAAGACCGAGGGCAAGUGGAGGGCGGUCUCGCGCUGGGGCAGCUACGCCUUUGGUUGAAAUCUUGGCGGUGGUGGUGGUGGCGGCGGUAACGUGGAGAGAUAUCUGCGAUGUGAGCUCAA